AUGCAUCUCGCACUCGCCACAACUCUCCUAUUAGGGUCUCUUCCCUUCUUCGCCGUGGCACAGUCUACGCAGGCGGCUGCCACUCCGGCAACAACAACAACUUCAACGGAUGCGAAGUGCGCUGCGCAAAAUAUCGUGGACGAUUGUCUACAACGCAUGGGGGAUCAAUUAAAGACUUGUGGCCCGAAUGAGUGGAAAUGUCUCUGUGAGCAGCAGGGCAAUGUGGUUACAUGCUACAACAACUGCCCUGGUUCCGCAGCCGCCGGGCCUGAGAAGCAAAAGGAAGAAACCUACUGUAAUGCCGCAAAGACGCUUCCCUCCUCUUCCACGAAGAUUGCCACGACGUCGACUUCCGCAGCCUCUUCGACCAAGAACAGCAGUACCUCUACUGCAGCUAGCUCGACCAGUACGUCCAAGGGUGCAGCCACUCUUCCCACGGCGGCAUUCGGUACAGUUGAGGGCGGGCUGAUGCUUGGUGUCAUGUUGGGUGUUUUGGGAGUUUGA